AUGUGGAAUCCCUAUUUGGGGCAAACCAGGUCGGUCCAACCCUUGAACUCUUUCAGCAAAUAUGACACGUAUGCUUUCGGAUACAACAACAAAAACGGUUACCACAAAAUCUUGAGGUUUCAUGGUACGAAAGAAGGCUUUCUCUGGUUGGAAAUCCAUGAUUGCAACUCUAACUCAUGGAGGGUUCUUGAUGUCACUCCCGGCUGGGAUAGAAUGAUGACUUAUCAAAACCGGCCAGUCUCUAAAGGGAAACACUUACUUUCUUGCUCGAAAGAAGAUAACAGAUACAGAAAAGAUCGAUUCUUAUCAUAUAGUUCAGACCCAGCGGUUUUAUCUUGUGUUAGAGAUGAGCAGCUCGCAUCGUUAUUUCUACGCAAAGAUGAGGUAAUGGAGAUUUGGAUCACGACCAAGAUUGAUUCAUGUUCAGUAUCGUGGAGCAUGUUCUUGAAAGUGGAGACAAGACCCCUCCCUCUUUUUCCGGCUGGGGAUUUCUUUAUUGACGAGGCCGAGAAGAAGGUCGUUGUUGUUGCCAGAUUCGAGGAUUCUUCAACGGCUUACAUCAUUGGAGAAGAUGGAUACUUCAAAUCUGCGGAUAUGGGAGAAACUCCGAUUCCUCACGGAGAAGCUUGGAUUCUUUACAAGAGUGGGUAUUAUUACCCAUUUGUGUUCUCUUCUUGUGUUCCAAGUUUAGUGCAACUAGAAGAAAAAGAAAGAGAUUAG